AUGGGGGCCUCAAUCUGCUCACAUGUCCAUUUCACAGACUUCAACUCCCUGCAACAAUUCGAAUUCACCCGGGAAGUCGGUGUGGAAUUUCUUAGCGUGAGAUAUUUGACCGGCUGCCACCGGCUGCCGCCUGCCUUCUUUGGUCCUCGGGCCUUUGACAUAUGGAUCGCAGCGCCCUUGGUGGGGAUUCGCCUUCUGAAGCAUACCCCAGACGCCCCUGAUAAACUCCUAAAUGGAGGUGGCGGCCCUUUCAAGGUCUUUGUGGGCGGUCUUCCGCAGGACUGCACGAAUGACAUCCUCGUCGACUACUUCGGCAAGUUUGGAAACAUCACUGACGUAGUGGUGAUGACUGACCGGGCGACUGGCCGAUCGCGAGGAUUUGGAUUUGUGUCUUUCGACACGGAAGAGGCUGUUGACAGCAUCAUGGCCAUGCACAAUCAGCAUCAGAUACAAGACAAAUGGGUGGACUGCAAAAGGGCGACUGCGGAAGGAACCAAGGGAGUUCCACAGAAAGGCAGUGGCGGUGGUGGUAAAGGCACAGGCUCUACUCGGCCGCCUGCGGCGAGAGCUCCAUCGUACAAUGCAGCACCACCGCCUGAUUACAGCGCGAGUUCUUGCAGCAGUAGCUAUGGAGGCGAUGCUUUCGGGGGCUAUGGGGCCUAUGGAGCGGGCGCAUAUGGUUAUGAUGGCCUUUACGGCGCCUACGGUGGCAAAGCUUAUGGUGGCGGUGGCUGCAACGGCCACGGCGGCUAUGCUCCGAGCAAAGGUUCUGAGAAGGGCUAUGAGUUUGAAGCGCAUGAAGCCAUACCGAGCCUUCCACAUCACGGCAAGGGGACCUGUGCAACCAUGAGCAAGCCGGAUUUCAGCCACCUGAGCUUGCAGGACAAGAACUGCACGGCCUUCUACAAGUACAUGGAGAGCAAGGGUUACCAGUUGGGCACUGCGUUGUACGAGUACGGCAAGACUUGGAAAAGCUGGGGAACUUGCAUCGUGUGCGAGGCUGAGUUCCCGUCCAACGUUGCCAGCCACGUUUGGGGCAAGGCCCACUGCAACAAGUUGAAGGAGAAGCUGAAUUGGCAGGAGCCGCGGGAUCCGCAGCAGUUGAAUCAGUUCACCCAGUACUGGAAGCUCGAAGGCUUCUACAAGCCUGGCUAUUUCUUCAACCACAUCACAGGCGAACAGGGACUUUGCGACAUCGUCCCAAACAUUGCGCCUUCGCUCCAGAGUGUCCCCACUCCGAUGAGCGUCGCUGCGCCGAUGCCCGGACCACCCCAAAUGCAAUGCCCGGCAGCUCAAAUGCCAUGCCCAGCAGCUCCACCUCAGGAGAUGCCUGCUGCCAGGCCAGCGGGCGGCUGCCUGCUGGUUCCACACAGCCAAGGCUACGUCAAGAGCAUCCAGCAGCUGGAACUAUGGAGAAUGCACAUGGACAAGACAGGAUCUACGCUGGAUGCGGAGCUGGAGAAGACCGGCAGGUACGAUCACGAGUGCGUUGUCUGCCAGAAGGCCAUGACCCGUGGCGCUGGCGAUCACUUGAAGUCCAAGAACCACUGGACGGAGCUAUGGAAGAAGGUCGGCAAGAACAUGCCCCAGCCGGAUGUGGUGUUGGAGAAAGGAAGGCCCUGGUGGCAGGAGUUUGUGGUGCCGCAAGGGAAGUGCAUUUUGAACCAUCUGACGGCUGGCCUGGAGAUCUCCGGGGCAGAGCCUGUGGGAUACGCCAGUGGAUGCAAUGGUGCAGUAAAUGGUGCAGUCAGUAUGCCGGCUCAAACGGCUGCAGCAGCUCCCGGUCAGCCGGAGUCCGAGCCUGGUGCACCGCCUUCGCAGCCUUUGUCUCCAAGUGCAGAUGCAAAUGGCAUGUGGGUGCCCCAUGGUACCAGCUGGCGACAGGCUCUGAGUGAGAGCAAGGACAAGUGGCGGACAUUCAUGGAGCCAGCAGCCACGGUGCUGGAACAGAAGGUGCCCAACCACUAUGAGUGCGUUUGCACCGUCUGCGACAACAAGGUCAUGACGAGAGGUGCCAAGGAUCAUCUACUAUCGCAGGGUCACUGGAGAAACCUGUGGGACAAGAUGCAGAAAUUGAAUCGGGACCUUCCCCCCGACAACGUGGCUUGCCAGAUGUCUGCCCGACCAUGGGUGCAAGAGUUCCCGACCGCGUCGGGAAAGUAUGUCUUCAACCACCUCACUGGUGGCCAAGAGCUGCAAGGCGGCUCCGCGCUCCUGCAGCCUCUGCAGCCUCAGGGCCAGGCGCCAGCCAUGUCGGUACCUCCGAUGCCUCCGGUGCCUCCGGUGCCUGUGCAAUCUCCGCAGAUGCAAGCUCAGCAGAUGCAGGCACCGCCGCAGCCAAUGCAGCCUGUGCAGCCUGCUCAGCCGAUGCAGCCAGCACAGCCGCAGGAGGGAGGCAUGGUUGUCCGGAACGGCUUAAACUACAAAGAGGCUUUGGCUGAAAUUGGCAAGUGGAAGAAGUUCAUGGCUGAGCCGACGGAGCGACUGGACAGCUUCAUCUACCAGCUCAUGCCCAACUACACCGGGAAGUGCCUUGUCUGCCAAGCUGAUAUGUUGGGCUUCAACACGCACAUUUGCAGUCAGAAGCACUUCAAGCAGUUGUGGGGGAGGAUCGGCUCCAGAGGCAUCCCGGAGCCGCGGCGACCUGUCGAGGGCAAUGGACUGGAACGCAGCAUGGGUGGAGAAGAUAGCCUCUCCGAUGGCAGCUGGCAGGACAAGUCUACCAAGAUAGACCUAGGAAACCCAACGACGCUUGGCCGCAUUCAUGCCUUGAUGUUCUUGGCGUGUGGCCCAUACCUGCUGAACCACCUUACGGGUGAACAGGGCUUCCAAGCUGACCUGAUGAAAGCGCCCGCCGGCCCUCCGGUCGCUGCUCCUGCACAUGCCGCGCCUGAUGCAGGUUAUUCCCGUCCUCCAGCUCCGACGCCGGGCCCAGUCUCGCAGCCUCUGCCGCAGCCUUGUGCAAACCCCACGCCCACAACGCCCACGCCCACAACGAGUUACGACAUGGACUUCAUUCUUUGGCAGUCGCCUGGCUUUCUUGGGUGCCAGGUGCGGGAUCCCGCCGAACGAUUGGAAGCAGCGCUGGAAGAACGUGACGCAGAUGACAUGUGGAAUGACGAAGCCGUGGAGUGUGCGAUCUGUCAGAAGCGCAUCGACAGCGCCAAAGGCUCCGUCAAGGAGCAUCUCAUGUCCUGGGAGCAUUUCCAGCAGCUGAAGGGGAAGCUACACCAGGAGCUCACGAGGUUGGGUUCCAUGGAGGUGGUGAUGCAGCAGAAGCACAAAUUUUGCCAGAACUUCGAAGUAGCUGCAGUGAGCUCAGCAUAUGGACCUCCAUCCGAACACCAUGAGACGUGUCAUUGA